CCUCGACACUUCAAACUGCAUAUAUCAAUUUGAGUGUGUUUGUGGCAGCAAAUACAUAGGUCGUAGGGAAAGGCGAUUGUCUACUCGCAUGAUGGAGCAUUUGCCAAAAUGGUUGAAAACAGCUGAGUGCAAAGUGUCAAAAUCCUCAAUAACAAAACAUCUUGUAGAUUACGGGCAUGAUAUCGACGCGGUCAAGUCAUUCACCGUUGUCAGCAAACAAAGAAACAAGAAGAUGCUUGCAAUUGCAGAGGCUUGUGCAAUUUUAAUUUAUAAACCAGCUCUCUGUAUACAAAAGGAGAUGGUCGUGGCACUGAAUCUACCAUGAUAUAUCUCCUUUCAAAAGGUGUCUUCACUAAAUCGAAGCAUGAAGAACUUGCCAACGUUGAUGGUUGUGUAAGAACUAUCAAAUGGCGCUGUGAAUUUAUCCUAUGGGCUGAUGAUAAGUGUAUAUGUGUUUAUGAUGCUCGGGAUCAUCGUCCAAUUACUUUCAUCCAGUAUGCUAAUCAAAAUGUUGAACCAUCAUCAUCAUCGUCGUAUAGUGGUCCUACUAUCUGUUGUCUUUCUUGGUGUACAGAUAAUUGUUUUUUAAUUGGUCGAGGGGAAUCAAUACGAAUUUGUCAAAUUAUGGAACGUAAUUAUAAUCCUGAUCGUUCAUUACACUCUAGUCGUUCUUCAUUCAGUCAUCAAUCUUCACAAAGUUUAACAACAACAACAGCGACAGCAUCAUCAUCAGCAACAUCUGAUGCUCGAAUUGGUUUGCUUAGUCGUUAUGUGGAAAUUGUUUAUCAAAUUAAUAUGAAUGGAAUUAUUAUUCAUAGUAUAUCUCGACAUCAAGCUUGCAUUUUAUUAUUAUAUACUAGUAAGGCAGGAUGUAAUGCACAAGAUUAUGAAAUCUGUGUUUUAGACGUUGAUUUUGAUGUUGGUACGCCUGACUCUACACUCGGUAUACAACAAUACAAAGAAAUUUAUCGUGAAAAGCUACCUAUUCAGUCGACUGAUUCUUCAUAUUCUAUUGGUUUAGCUAGUGUGCCUCAUGAAAAUACACAUUAUAUAUUUUCUAAAAAAGAACUUAUUUGUGCGCAGGAGUUAACUCUUGAUGAUCGUAUUGAUUGGUUCCUUGAAAAUAAUUUAUUUCUUAAAGGACUUCAAGCAGCUCAACAACAUCCACGUUUACUUAGUCGACAUACAAUUCAAUCUGUUGGUAUCACAUAUGUGGAUCACCUGUUAAGUGAACGUAAAUUCGAUGAAGCUGGAAAACUUUGUUCAGAAGUUUUAUCUACUAAAGAUGCUUGGGAAGAGCAUGUUCAAAAAUUCCAUAUUCUUGGUCAUUUGGAGGCUAUUGUUCCAUAUCUUCCAGUUGGCGCUGAAGAGAAAUCUGUAAAACUCAACAUAUCUACAUAUGAAUUAGUUUUAUUCGAUUAUAUGAAACGAAUUCCUAUUGAAUUUUUUCAUUUAUUAACUAACUGGUGUAGGCUAUGCGUUGUUAAUAUUAAUGAGAAUUUUAUACACACUUUAUUAGACUGUAUUGAACAGCGUAGUUCACUAUCUGAAGCUAUUGAUAUAAGCAAAUUGGAUUUAGAUGUUCAAGCUUUGUAUCAUAGUUUAGCAGUUGCAUAUGAACAAAUGGGAUCUUAUGAACAAGCCAUAAAUAUUUUAAUUCGUUUACGUGAUACACAAGUUUUCAGUCUUUUGAAACGUAAUUCUAUGAAACUUAAAGAUCGAAGACUCAUCGAUAUACUUAAAGAUCAUUUAGUUCAUUUCAUGGAAUUAGAUUCAACGCAAGCAAUUUAUAUGCUAUUAGAUCAUAUUGAUCAUGUUUCGGUGGAUUAUGUUGUAAAUCAACUCAAUCCAGAUUCCAUACAACUAUAUCAAUUUUUGGAUACUGUAUAUUCCCGAUAUCCACAAAUAGUUUAUCCAUAUUUAACUCAUCUAAUAUCAUUAUACAUCAAAUUUUGUCGUAAUAAACUAUUGCCUUUAUUACGAUCAACAGACAAAUAUCCAUUAAGUGAAGCUUUAAGCUUAUGUGAACGUGCUAAACUUGUCCCAGAAACUGUAUACUUAUUAACUAGAGUUGGUAGACGUCAUGAUGCUUUACAAUUAAUUAUGACACGGGGCGGUGAAGAUUUAUCAAAUGGUAAACCAACUACACAAGAACAAUGUCAAGCUAUAGCUGCUGCAAAAGCAAUUGAAUAUUGUCGAGAAGAAGAUGGUAUUCAUACAAAAAGUAAACAUCAUUUUCAUCGACAUCUGAGUAAUUCUACUUUUGAAAAAGAUGGCGACGAAGAUGAAGGUGAUGAAAAUGCUGGUGAACUAUGGCAACAGGUUAUUCUUUUUGCAGCUGAUAAACCUGCUUUUAUAUGUGCAUUACUACAAAAUGCAGGCUGUGAAGGUCUUGAUUCACGUUUACUACUACGUAAAAUAUCACCAGAUAUGACUAUACCAGGGCUUCGUGAUGCAUUGAUCAAGCUUAUGCAUGAUUACAAGAUUCAACUUGAACUGCAACAAAACUGUUCACGUAUUCUAGCCUCAGAUAUGCAUCAAUUAUUUUUACGUGUUAUUAAAAUGCAAAUGAAAGGAAUGCGUGUCAAUUCAAGCUAUCUAUCGACUACUGGAUGUAUUGUCUGUUUACAGCCUAUACUGAACAAUAGUAAUAACAAUAAUAAUAAUAAUGUACAGUCAAGACGAAGAACUGAUCCGCUAAAAAGUAAUGAUGAAUACAAAUCACUACAACAACAAGAAGAGAAUUCUUAUCCUUGGGCUAUAUUUCAAUGCAGUCAUAUAUGUCAUGAAGAGUGUUUAGUUAACGGAGGAAUCAAGUGUCCAGCAUGCUCUAAAUCACGUAUAAUAUAA